UUCCUAUCCUACUCCUCAAGUAAGUCAUUCUGUACGAUAGGUGGCAGUGAUGCACCAUUUGAUUGAAUACCGCGGCCGUUAAACACUAGCACAACAAACAUGGCAGAAAAGGGUUCUGAAGGAGUUGGAGAGGUCGCCGCAAAAACGACAUUGACAGAGGCUCAGAAACAACUGAAUCGGAGGAGACAAGAGCUGGACUACUGGAAGAAAAAUUCGGAGAGGAUACGUGGUCGCAAUCUCUUUACCGGACUUGCAAUUGGAGCAUUUGUGAUCGGCAUGUUCAGCUACACCAUCCUGUCUGUGAAGCAAGAGAGGAUCAUGGAGGACAUCGACGACGAGUCGAGAAUCAACAGAAUCAGAGGCCCCAGAACAGGGGCCAACUCUUAGGGAGUCAGCCAGUGGACAGGCAGUUAGCCAGUGGACAGUCACUUGAUUUGGGACGGAAGCCUCUCUCACCUGCCUUGCUUUCUCAUCACCCGUGUUGCGAUGACCCCUUCUGGAGAAGCAUACGGAACUGUCAAGCUGUUGCACUGGACAAUAGCCCCUGGCGUGAGAAUCAAUGUGCUAAGGAGGCUUAAAUUAUGUUUAUUUUCACAUUCAUGUGUUAGUUUUAGGGGGGUCUUCAACAAUCAUUGGAUUAGCUUCAAAUAACGUUUAUAUUACAGGGCUUGUGCUUGAGUGGGAGUAUAGGUGAAUAUUUAUUCAGUCAUUAAUGUGUAUUAAAUGAUUUGUCUAUAUCACA